AUGAAUCCCAACAGCCUACCUGGGCAUGUCCUCUUGCUGCUAAGUACUGUGCUGGGCCUGAGCGUAGGCUUGGAGUUUACUGGCUCCGAGGGUCAGUGGGCUCGCUACCUGCGCUGGGACGCCAGCUCCAGAAGUGACCUGACAUUUCAGUUCAAGACUUCAGAAUCGGAAGGCCUGCUGCUCUACUUUGACGACGGCGGAUAUUGCGAUUUUCUGCUUCUCACAGUAUCUGAGGGUAAGCUGCAGCUUCGUGUCAGCAUCGACUGCGCCGAGACCACCAUCACCUCUGAUAAAAUGGUCAACGACAGCCGUUGGCACUUUGCCGCCAUCAACAGGCACAAUUUGCGGACUGGCCUGGCCGUGGAUGGCCAGACCAAGACGGAAGAGGUGCGGCCCCAGCGUCAGUUCAUGAAGAUAGUCAGUGACCUCUUCCUUGGAGGGCUCCCGGGGGACAUCCGCACAUCUGCCAUCACCUUGCCCUCUGUCCGUGAGCUACCACCAUUCAAGGGAAUUAUUACAGACCUCAGUUAUGGGAGUAAGCUGCCCACGCUCAUCAAUAGUCAGAAAGUACGCUUGGAGAUGAUGGGCCUUUGCACAGAGAACCCCUGUGAGAAUGGCGGGAUCUGCUCGCUGGCAGAUGGAGAAACCUACUGUGACUGCUCCAAAACUGGAUAUGUAGGUCGAUACUGCACUGAAGAAGCAGUCCAGAGAAAACCAGGCCUCGCACACCUGAAGGCAGAGCAAGGUAGAAACAAAGCGAGGGAGGAGAACGUGGCCACCUUCCGCGGCUCGGAGUACUUCUGCUAUGACCUGUCGCAGAACCCCAUCCAGAGCAGCAGCGACGAGAUCACGCUGUCCUUCAAAACCUGGCAACGAAACGGCCUCCUCCUCCACACGGGGAAAUCCGCAGACUAUGUCAACCUGGCUUUAAAAGAUGGGGCCGUAUCGCUCGUCAUCAAUCUGGGCUCCGGGGCCUUUGAGGCCAUCGUCGAGCCAGUCAAUGGAAAAUUCAAUGACAACGCCUGGCACGACAUCAAAGUGACACGCAACCUGAGACAGCAAUCAGGCAUUGGACACGCUAUGGUGACUAUCUCCGUUGAUGGGAUCCUCACCACCACUGGCUACACCCAGGAAGACUACACCAUGCUGGGCUCUGAUGAUUUCUUCUAUGUGGGUGGGAGCCCCAGCACUGCGGACCUGCCCGGAUCUCCAGUCAGCAACAAUUUCAUGGGCUGCCUCAGAGAGGUGGUGUACAAGAACAAUGAUAUCCGCUUGGAGCUGUCCCGCCUUGCUCGUAUCGUGGACCCCAAGAUGAAGCUCCAAGGCGACAUUGUCUUCAAGUGUGAAAAUGUCCCCACCCUGGACCCCAUCAAUUUUGAGACCCCAGAGUCCUACCUGGCUUUGCCGAAAUGGAACACCAAACGCGUGGGCUCCAUCUCCUUCGAUUUCCGAACCUCCGAACCCAACGGCCUGAUACUCUUCACCCAUGGUAAGCCCCAGGACCGACGGGACGCGAAGGGCCAGAAAAACAACAAGGUGGACUUCUUUGCCGUGGAGCUGCUGGAUGGAGGGCUGUACCUGCUGCUGGAUAUGGGCUCUGGGACCAUCAAGGUCAAGGCCACGCAGGCUAAGGUCAAUGAUGGCGCCUGGCACCAUGUGGACAUCCAGAGAGACGGUCGCUCAGGCAUCAUCUCAGUGAACAGCCGCCGGACCCCUUUCACAGCCAGCGGGGAAAAUGAAAUCUUGGACCUGGAGGGGGACCUUUAUCUGGGUGGUCUGCCCGACAGCCGGGUGGGUUUGGUCCUCCCUACUGAGCUCUGGACUGCUAUGCUAAACUAUGGCUAUGUGGGCUGCAUCCGGGAUCUGUUCAUCGAUGGACGAAGUAAGGACAUCCGGCAGAUAGCUCAGUCCCAGAAUGUGACCGACAUCAAGUUUUCCUGUAAUAAGAUGACGGGGAAACAGUGUGACAGCAACCCCUGUAAGAACAACGGGGCAUGUAAGGAAGGAUGGAACCGCUUCAUCUGUGACUGUACCGGGACCGGCUUCUGGGAUAGUACCUGUGACAAAGAGGCUUCGAUCCUGUCUUACGAUGGCAGCAUGUUCAUGAAGGUUGUGAUUCCAAAUGUCAUGCACACCGAGGCAGAGGAUGUCUCCCUCCGCUUCAUGUCCCAGCGGGCAUUUGGCCUCCUAAUGGCCGCCACAUCCCGCGAGUCGGCAGACACGUUGAGGCUCGAGCUGGACAGCGGGAGGGUCAAACUGACUGUCAACCUAGACUGUGUCAGGAUAAACUGUAACACCAGCAAGGGCCCUGAGGUUCUUUAUGCCGGACAAAAGCUCAACGACAAUGAGUGGCACUCGGUACGAGUGGUCCGCCGUGGUAAAAACUUCAAACUCACUGUGGAUGACGACAUGGCAGAAGGCCAGAUGGCGGGCGACCACACCCGUCUGGAGUUCAACAACGUGGAGACGGGCAUCUUGACCGAGAGACGCUUUGUCUCCUCUGCUCCGUCCUCCUUCAUAGGGCAUCUUCAGAGCCUGAAGUUCAAUGGCAUGCAGUACAUUGACAUGUGCAAGAACGGGGACAUCGACUUCUGCGAGCUUAACGCCCGUUUUGGCAUGCGCUUCAUCAUCGCUGACCCCGUGACCUUCAAGACCAAGGGCAGUUACCUGGGCUUGGCCACUCUACAGGCCUAUACCACAAUGCACCUCUUCUUUCAGUUCAAAACCACCUCGCCUGACGGUUUCAUCAUCUUCAACAGCGGAGACGGGAAUGACUUUAUCGCUGUCGAACUGGUCAAGGGGUUUAUCCACUAUGUGUUCGACCUGGGGAAUGGGCCAAGUCUGUUGAAGGGCAACAGUGACAACCCUCUGAAUGAUAACCAGUGGCAUAACGUGGUUAUCACACGGGAUGCUUCCAACACACACACACUCAAGGUGGACUCAAAGUCGGUCACCCAGAAUGUCAAUGGAGCCAAGAACCUCGACCUUAAAGGUGACCUGUUCAUUGGAGGUCUGGGACCCAACAUGUACCAGAACCUCCCUAAGCUGGUGGUUUCUCGAGAGGGCUUCCAGGGCUGCUUGGCUUCAGUUGACCUCAACGGUCGCCUGCCAGACCUCAUCAAUGACGCCCUUUUCCGCAGUGGGCAGAUUGAGCGUGGCUGUGAAGUUGGUUUCACCAAAGCCGACCUGCAAGGCCCAAGUACGACUUGCCAGGAGGACUCGUGCGCCAACAUGGGUGUGUGCAUCCAGCAGUGGGAGAACUUCACUUGUGACUGCUCUUUGACGUCUUACACGGGGACUCACUGCAAUGACCCUGGCACCACCUACAUCUUCGGUAAAGGAGGAGGUCUGAUCACAUACACGUGGCCCAACAAUGAGCGGCCGAGCACACGGACGGACCGGCUGGCAGUGGGCUUUAGUACCACCAUCAAGGACGGCAUCCUUGUCCGCAUCGACAGCGCCCCACGUCUGGGUGACUACAUCAUGCUCCACAUUGAGCAAGGCAAAGUAGGUGUGACUUUCAACAUCGGGACAGUGGACAUCAGCGUUAAGGAGACAACCACAGCGGUAAACGAUGGCAAAUACCAUUUGGUCCGAUUCACCAGGAACGGGGGCAACGCCACCUUGCAGGUGGACAACUGGCCAAUCAAUGAGCACUUUCCCACAGGCAACAGCGACAUUGAGCGCUAUCAAAUGGCAAAUAAGAAAAUCCCGUUCAAAUAUACCCGGCCAGUAGAAGAUUGGCUUCAGGAGAAAGGCCGGCAACUGACAAUCUUCAACACCCAGGCCACUAUCUCCAUCGGUGGAAAUGACCGGAAGCGGCCCUACCAGGGCCAGCUCUCCGGCCUCUACUACAACGGCCUCAAAGUCCUCAACAUGGCCGCUGAGGGCCACGCCAACAUCAAGGUGAACGGCAGCGUGCGGCUGGUGGGCGACGUCCCGGCCAGUCGGGGCGCUGCGCGCACCACCACCUCGGUACCACCGGAGAUGUCCACCACCUUCAUCGAGACCACCACCACCCUGUCCACCACGACCACCAGGAAACAGCGUUCGCCACCCACCAUCCAGACGACAGAUGACAUUGUUUCGUCGGCGGAGUGCUCCAGCGAUGACGAGGACCUGGAAGAGUGUGACUCCGGACAUGCAGGUGGGAUGGGAGGGGAGCUAGUCAUCCCCGUGCUAGUCGAGGACCCCAUAGACAUCCCUUCUGUAUCCACCCGUUCUCCCUUCAUCCCCCUCCCCCCAACCCUCCGCCCCGUCCUCACCAUUAUUGAGACCACCAAAGAAUCCUUGGCCAUGGCCACUGAGGCGGGGGUACCUUGCUUGUCGGACCGAGGCAGCGAUGAUUGUGAUGAUGGUGAUGGUGGUGAUGAUGGUGAUGAUGAUGAUGAUGAUGGCAUGGUGAUUUCGGGGUUUGGCUCUGGCGAAGCUUUCGACUCUAGCCUGCCCCCGACUGACGAUGAAGAUUUUUACACCACCUUCUCCCUGGUAACAGAUAAGAUCUUGACCACAUCGGCCUAUGAAGGUGGCUACAAAGCCCUCGCACCCAAGUGGGAGGCCAAGGACUUGAGGCCUAGCAAAGCCUCUGAGGCAGGUAGGACUACACCCACCUCGCCUCUACCCGACCUCCGGGGCACGCCACCGGCGGCAGUCCCCUCGGACACGCCACCCAAGCUGCCCGCCGGGAAAAUGAACAACCGCGAGGUAAAACCCCCACAGCCGGACAUAGUCCUGCUGCCCCUGCCCACGUCCUUCGAUAUGGACGGCACCAAGCCACGGGGCCCCUUCAUCACCUCACCCAUGCUGCGUACGGUGCCUGCAGCCUUGCCCACGGUGCCUGGCGUGGUGCGGCGGGUGCCCCCGGGGGCUUCAGAGGUGAUCCGAGAAUCCAGCAGUACCACGGGCAUGGUGGUGGGCAUUGUCUCAGCCGCUGCCCUCUGCAUCCUCAUCCUCCUCUACGCCAUGUACAAGUACAGGAACAGGGACGAGGGUUCCUACCAGGUGGACGAGACGCGCAACUACAUCAGCAACUCGGCGCAAACCAAUGGUGCUGUGGUGAAGGAUAAAACACCCAGCGGCAGCACCAAAGGCAGCGCCAGUAGCAAGAGACCGAAAGACAAGGACAAGGAAUAUUAUGUAUAG